CCCCACACUUAGCUGAUGUGGCGACACCCACCAUGAGGGUAGCGUUCGAGCUGGUCAUCUGUUGAAGAGUGUCGAUAACCAAGGACGGUAUUCGCAGAAAAAUAGGUUAGAGAGAAAAUGAGUUUAUUUAAAGGUCAGUGGAAAUAUGAUCUAACAAACUAGGUUGUUUCGUAUCUGACUUUAACCCUUUUGGUCGGAGAUAAUCUAAGUUUAAACGCCAUAUUUUGAUAAGUUGUUACCAAUCACCCUAAAUUCAACUUGCAAAAUUCAAUAUCAAACACUCAAAACGCUAGUUCUCAAAAUCAUUUCAGUCUCUAAUACAAGCCCAGGGUUUCCACAAUCACAACCAAAUGAACACAAAAUUAUCAAAAUUAAUCACAACAGGACUCUACACAGAAGCCCUUUCUCUAUUCUCAAACCUCCAUUUUCACUCACACCCCCUCAACAAUUUCACUUUCCCCUUUCUUCUCAAAGCAUGUUCACACCUGCAACUACUCUCCCAUGGCCAAAUGCUCCACGCCCAUCUCACAAAAACCGGCUUCAAUUCACAUAUCUACACCGCUACAGCCCUUACAGACAUGUACAUGAAGUUUAAAUCCCAGUUUCUAUACAGUGCACUCAAGGUGUUCGACGAAAUUACUGAACCAAAUACCACUUCAAUCAACGUUGUUGUUUCUGGGUUUUGUCAGAAUGGGUGUUACAAGACAGCUUUCGACGUUUUUAAACGGUUUGGUGAAUAUAAACUUAGGCCCGAUUCGGUUACAGUUGCGAGCUUGUUGUCGGGUUGUGACGUUUCGGUUAAAGAUGGCCAGCAGGUUCAUUGCUGGGCUGUUAAGAUUGGCGUUGAAACCGAUAUUUAUGUAGCAACCUCGCUUGUUACAAUGUACUUUAACUGCAAACAGCCUCUGACUGCAUCGGUUGUUUUCGAACGAAUUGGGAGUAAAACCGUAGCGUGCUGUAACGCGUAUGUUACCGGUUUGUUGCAGAAUCGGAUUGUUGCACCCGUGUUUGAAGUAUUUAAACAAAUGCUGCAACGAUCAGCACACGACGUGAAUGCGGUCACGUUUGUUUCUGUGUUAUCUGCUUGUUCGGAUAACAAGAAUUUUAAAUUCGGGCUGCAAGUUCACGCGUUCCUCGUGAAAGUCGAUUUGGUACUCGAUCUCUUAGUCGGAACUGCGCUUUUGGACAUGUAUUCGAAAUGUGGAUAUUGGCAUCGGGCUUAUGACGUGUUUAAAGAACUGCGUGACAUACGGAGUUUAAUCACAUGGAACUCAAUGAUAUCUGGGAUGAUGCUAAACGGUGAAAGCGAAAGCGCUAUCGGUUUGUUCAUGAUGUUAGAAUCUAACGGGCUGAAACCCGAUUCAGCAACGUGGAAUAUCAUGAUAAACGGGCUCUCGAAUGUUGGAAAACCGGAUGAAGCGUUCUUGAUCUUUAGAAAAAUGCAGUCGACCGGAGAACCCGUGAGUGCGAAAUCGUUAACUAGUUUGUUAUCGGCUUGUGCGUCUGUAUCGUCGUUAACAAAUGGUAAAGAGAUCCAUGGUUAUGUUAUUAGAACAAAUAUGAAUAACGAUGACAUUCUUGCCACUGCGGUUAUUAAUAUGUACAUGAAAUGUGGGCGUUCGUCAUGGGCGUUUUCGGUAUUUGACCAGUUUGAGAUAAAACCGAGAGAUCCAGUUAUAUGGAACGCGAUGAUAUCCGGUUAUGGAAGAAACGGGGAGAGUGAAGCGGCUUUUAAUAUGUUUGAGUGGAUGCAAAACGAGAAUGUAAAGCCGAAUUCUACGACGUUUAACUGUAUUUUAUCGGUUUGUAGUCACGCUGGAAAGCUCGAAAAAAGUUUGGAGUUUUUAACGUUGAUGAAACGGUACAAUUUGGUUCCUACUUCUGAGCAUUAUGCGUGUUUGAUAGAUCUUUUGGGUAGAUCCGGUAAGAUAGAUGAAGCGCGGGGACUAUUAUCGACAAUUCCUGAAGUUUCGGGUUCGGUUCUUGAUUCUUUGAUUGGUGCGUGUAAUUUUCAUUCGGAUGUGAAAACGGGUGAAGAGAUGGCUAGGUUACUUGUGGAUUUGGAUCCUGGAAACCCGAUACCGUUUGUGAUUUUGUCGAAUAUUUAUGCGCGUGAGGGUAGGUGGAAAGACGUUGAAGAUUUGAGAGACGAAAUGGAUCGAAAGGGGUUGAAAAAGAGUAGUGGUUUUAGUUCGCUAAGCGUAAGAUAACGCAAAAGUUUUGAAAAGUAGUUUUGUUGUUUAAUAUCAUGAAAAGGUCAUUGUACUGACGCAAAAGUUUCAAAAAGUGGUUUUGUUGUC